AUGGCUGCAACUCCAUCAAUCGCCGGCCUCACUAACCGGAACUUAUUCCGCAUUAAAUUUAAAGACCCGUACGAAGAAGUUCAUCUCAGGGAUGAAACUACUCAAAAUAUACGAAGUGUAGUAUUUAGCCCAAAGGGCACAUACCUGGCUUUCAGAACAGAUAAAAAAGCCGAAAUAAUAAAAUGUGCAGACUGGAGUGUAGCUGCUACAAUAGAUGGAAAUUACAAGGACAUGUUUUUUUCACCAUUAGAUAAUUAUUUUCUAGUUUGGGAAAUGUUUGCUAUGACAAAAGACAAUCCUCAGGGCAAACCUAAUCUACACAUCUUUCAAUCAUCUAAUGGGGAGAAAGUUGGGUCAUUUGUGCAAAAGAAUCAGGAUGGAUGGGAGCCAAAGUGGUCAUCAGAUGAAAAAUUACUAGCAAUACUCAGUAAUCACAGGGUUUUGAUAUAUGAAGAUGUAAAACUUGAUCAUUAUACCCAUUAUAUUCAAGCAGAAAAAUUACAAUCUUUUAGCAUAUCACCAAGUCCAGCGCCCGCAUAUUACUUUUCAAUAUUUACAUUAGGUAAAUCUGGCCAGCCAUCUUUCUGGCGCGUUUUUAAGUAUCCUCAAUUUGACCAAGCCGUUGUCAGCCGAUCAUCGUUCCAAGCCGACAAAGCGACAUUUCAUUGGAAUAGGCGAGGCACUAAUGUUUUCGCACUGACUCAGACAGAUGUAGAUAAAACAGGCAGUUCUUACUAUGGAAAACAGUCUCUAUCAUACGGAGACGUAAAAGGCAAUGCUGGAAAUAUGUCAUUCAGUAAGGAAGGUCCGAUUCACGCCAUAGCUUGGAAUCCAGGCAAUUGGAACGAAUGGGUUGCUGUGUAUGGGCAUGCUCCAGCUAAAGCUACUCUGUUUAACGCAAAGUGUGACCCUCUCUUUGAAUUCGGAACAGGAGCUUGGAACGCUAUUUACUUUGCACCCGAGGGAAAUUGGGUGUUGUUGGGUGGGUUUGGCAAUAUAGCAACCGGUCACAUAUCAGUGUGGGAUGUGCGAGGGUACAAGCGUGUGGGCGAGUGUACAGCCCCCGACACCACGACCUUGCAGUGGGAUCCCAGGGGGGAAGCCUUCAUCACCGCUACCACAUACCCUAGGCUCACCGUCGGUAAUGGGUAUAAAAUUUGGCACUACAGCGGUGCGCUGAUGCACAAACGCACAUGCGUCGAAAAGGAAAAUUUACUGUCCAUAAGUUGGCAGCCCGGUAAUUACCCAAAGAGUGAUUUGUCAAAGGCUGCUCCAAAGAGUAUAGAACAAGUAGCACCGAAGGCAACAGCGGCAUACCGACCUCCUGGAGCCAGGAACAGACCUUCGACCUUCGUGAUGCAUGAACAUGAAAAACCACAUAAGCCAGGACAAAGUCCUGCAACCGCGCCAUCCAAACAAGCAAUCAAGCAGAAAGAAAAACGCGAGGCGCGCAAGGCCCGCAAGGCGGCGGAGCGCGCGGCCGACGCGUCCCCCUCCCCCGCCGCGCCCGCCGCGCCCGCCGCGCCCCGCGCGCCCUUCGUCUCCACCGGCGACCCCGACAAGGAUAAGAAGAUUAAAAAUAUCAACAAGAAACUAAGCGACAUUGAAAAGCUGAAGCAACAAAAAGCAGCUGGCAAGACACUUGAACUCAAUCAACUCGCCAAGAUUAACAACGAAGCAGCAUUACAACAAGAACUGGCUCAGCUGAAAUUAUGAUCUACUACUGAAUACUAAAUAAAUAUGUAUUAAUAUAUUGUAUAAUUUGUAAAUGACAGCUACUUUCAUACCCAUAUUGUUUUGAAUAUCUUAUUAUUUUGUAUUUUUUUUACAUACAAUAAUUUGCGUCCGACUAAACUAGGUUCUAUAAA